AUGACGUCCCUGCGGGACGACAACCCCUUGCCAUUUAACUAUGAUCCCAGGGCCAAUCAACGUGCUCCUGAUACAGACGAGCCGCUUUUCGGUGGCACACCCUUUCGUGACGCACAUACCAGUGAAUCACUUACGACAUCGAGUGGCUCGCGUCCUUACUAUGCGCUACUCAAUGUGGACCAAAAUGCCACAGAGACCCAAAUCCGUGAUGCGUACAAAACUCUUGCUAUGGCAUUCCAUCCCGACAAGCAUCCGGACGAUUCCCGGAAGGAACUAGCCGAAAAGACCUUCCAGGAAAUUCACAAAGCAUACCAGGUUCUUAGCAACCCUGAGCAGCGCGCUGUGUAUGACCAUUUUGGCGAAGAAGGCCUGAAUUCCACAUGGUCUGUUGCUACGCGUGGCCAAUCCAUGGCGGAAAUGCGGGCCGAGUUUGAACGGCAAUCACGUCUUCGCCAAGCGGCUGAUGCCGAGAGCUUGGUCAACGCGCGUGGCGAGUUUAGCGCGGUGAUCAAUGCUACAUCGCUCUUCCUUCCUCCUGCAAAUCGUCUCACUGCGUUGAAUCCAGCGCUCGCACCAACGAUACAACAGAAUCUGACAUGGAGCAAGCGUGUUGGUCUCGUUUCAUGUGCACAGAUCGUUGGCAAACAUGGUUUUGACAUGCAAAUUUCCGAUCGCUCCAUGGUAUCUGUGACGGGGCAACUGAUGAGCCGUGGAAAUGCUGGUGGCGGCAACCUGGUCGGCACGAUCAAGACACAAUGGAGUCCCCGCUUCUUUUCCGAGAUGAGCGCCUCGCUUCUUCGUCCGCAUGUGCUUACAACUAAAGGUCAGUACACGGUGGAUGAGAAUGUGUUUUUUAACUAUGCCAUUGUGUCUCAAACGCUGGCUGCCCCGCCGUCUGUGACACUGACAUAUGGUCAGCGCUUGUCCAGUAUCUCGUCCCUGACAGGUUUUACCUCGAUCAAGACCGGCACGUACACGCUUGGUGGAUGGGGUGCCGAUGCAGAUGGCCAGCCUCUUCGACAAGAUGUGGGAGCCAUGGUUGUAGGUGUAACCAAGCAGCAGCCCGACGGCACAGCAUGGACAUUCCAGUGCACGUUGGCCGACACCAACCAAUCGCUGAGCUACGAAUGGGCGAUGAAAGUGCUGGGUGGUUUCAAGAUCAAGACGGGUCUAUCGUUGGGCACAGCGACUGGUUUCACCGUCUUUACCAACAGUGAGCGCCGUGUCACUGAGAAUGUCCGUGUCAUGAUGGGCGUCGAGUGUGGGUUGGCGUCUGGUGUCCUGUUCAAGCUGCGUGUGGUGCGGUUGGGCCAGCGAUUGGUAUUCCCUAUUGUUCUUUCUCCGACGUUCCGUGCUGACUUGGUCGCCGCAGCGACGUUGGUCCCUGCAGCGGCGAUGGCGCUCUCUCAUUACUUCUACUUUGUUCCUGCGCGCAAACGCCUUACAGCUGAGCGCCUCGCGCAAUUACGCGAAGAGCGCAUGGACGAGAUUGAACAGCGUCGUAACUCUGCCGAGCAGACUCGCGAGCUACUUCGGGCGCAGGCACGCAAACGAGCCGAGUCUGAAUGGGCCAAGCAAGGCUUGAUUGUUUUGCAAGCAUACUAUGGCCGCCGUGAUACCUUCCCUGCUCCGCAGGACCUCUCCCAGGUGACCUUAUCUGACAAGGAGCACGUCAUGGCUCUCUGGCAACAAGACGCACAUCCAGCAGAACCAUCCACGUCGCAGCCACUGUGGUGGGAUGUACAAGUUCCAUUGCAAAUGCUUGUCUCGCAGAGCCAGCUCGUUAUCCCUGCGGGCCGAUCGAAAUCCAAGUUGAUUGGGUUCUUUGACCCAUGCGUCGGCGAACGCAAGCAGCUGUACGUGCGCUUCUUAUUCCGUGGUCAGCUGCAUGAAUUUACGUGCUACGAUACAGACGCUGUUGCUGCGCCCCUACGAUCCCAACAGAUCAUGCCUUCGACAUAG